CCCCGCCCCCCCACCCCCCCAACCCCACCAAGCCCCUAUUAGCUGUAGAUUCUUUUGCAGCUUUGCUCCCACCUUUGCUUGAGGGCAUUGACAUCUCCCCGAGCUCUUCCAAGUUCCAUCUCUAUAUACCUCAGCCUCUGUUCCCGACCUCUUCCACUGCAUACACUUUGGCUUCCUCAGCUCUGAAAUGGGGUUCCCCGUUGGCUACCCUGAGCUCCCUAAGCUCUUCCUCCCCCUGUUCUUCCUCUUGGCCCACCUCAGAAGGCUCAUCAACUUGGUCUUCUACUCCCUCGGCCUCGGCAGCCUGCUAGAGUCUGAAACCCAGUGGCAUGACGCAGACAUGCACCGCCACCGCCACCACCAAACCAGUCUUCACUUGCUUGCAGCUGAGGUGAUCCAGGAGAGCUUGCCGGUGGUCCAGUUCGAGGACCUACUCGCCGAGCAGGACGGCGGCCAGUGCUUGCCCGAGGGCUGCGCCGUCUGCCUCUAUGAGUUCGAGGGCGCCGACGAGGUCCGGCGGAUGGUCAAUUGCCGCCACGUCUUCCACCGGCAGUGCGUCGACCGGUGGUUGGCGCACGGGCAGUGCACCUGCCCCUUGUGCCGCGCCCCGCUCGCCAAUUCCGACGCCCCUUUCCAUCACGACGAAGACUACUGUUACUCCCUCUCGCUGCCGCCGGUGUACGCACUGAGCCCACUUCAGCUGCCUUCCUCGUAGCUGCAGAAGCGAUCGGUGAAAGAGCUGCAAGUGUACAGAGGUGAUGCUAAAUCUGCAAACGCGGAGUUGAAUGCAAUAAGACAGACGUGCCUUCUUCUUUCCCUCGCACGGUCUUGAUUGGUAAUGAGGCUUGAGAGAGCAGUGAUGGAUGUGGAUUGGCUUUGGAUUGAUUGGAGUUUGCCGAGCAGAUUUCUUGGGGACAACAAGAGUGUAUCCAACAUGUUUGGAGAAGAAGUGUGGAUUUCGGACUGCCGCUUGAAGAAUCUGAAACCUGUUCUGAAGUAGUUCUCGGUUGGAUUGGAGGAUUGAGAGAUAAAGAAGGAAGAAUCGAACCCUACAUACUGUUAUGAAUUGACUUUUGUAUGUGAUCUCUGCUGUCUUUCUUCUGACUUGCCAGCAAAAUUUUUGCUUGCUGACUACUGCUUGUAAGAUUCUAACUUUGUUUUAAUGAGACUGAGAGAGAAUGAUGCCCCUUUCCAAUUCAAUCA